GGUUCUGAAUAGAUUUUUCUAUCGAUUCUGUAUUUCGAGGUUAGAUUUACACAUUUUUUCAAAUAAACUUUGUUUAUUUUCUUUCCUCCUAUUCACUACUAACUUCAUCUGAUUCCUAAUUUACAAAUAUUUUCUGUUGAUAAUAUAAUUCUUGUUUCUGUUUUUCAGUUGUGCGGAUUGUACUUGGCGAUUUUUCCUGUGAUGACUGUGACAUGAGGCGGAUGGCUUGAUCAGGUGCUGUCCUUGGUGGAUGGGAGAUAUGUGCGGUCGGCGGUCCGGGCUGCUCUUCCACUCGGCGGGCAACGUCCUUGGACUCCUGGUGGUCUGCGCGCAGUGGUACGGGCUGUCCCUCUACUUGAUGGGUGUCAUCCUCAGCUUGGCGGGUGGUGUCGUCUGGCUCCUCUUGGCGUUCUGCAGGGUGCGGUGCGACUUCAGUCUUGACAUUCUCGGAUGGUGUUCCAAUCUAUUGCAGGAGCGGGUGUAUGGCGAACGGUUACCUUCUGGUUUUUUAUCCGAGCAACGGUACGAGAAAUGGGAGUUCCUGUCUCGGGGGCGUCAUCGUCCGUAUGCUCUCCCGAUGUUUCGUCCUCCGGCUCUUGGGCUGCCAACGGAUCCUCCACCAGAAUGCAGCUCUCCUCCACCUGCGUCGAAGAUAAAUCAUCCAGUACAUUGGGAUGGAAAUCGGCGGAUGCGGUGGCAGAUGCGGAUGGCGGCGAACAAUUGGGUGAGAUGUCUUCGGUGUCCGACAGACUUGGAUUGACCUGGUCGUUUCCUGCCAUGGUUCGUGAGAAAAUAAUGCGACGAACGUGUGCGGUGAAUAAGAAACGUGAAAGUGUUGAUGUGAUAUACAAAAUAAUUAAUAAGAAAUCCAAUAGAAAUUGUUAUAGCUUCGUAGUGAGUGAAAUACAGAAAAAGUGGUUUAGCAAUGUGUUCAGUGAUAAAAUGAGUC